GUUUUGCAGAUACAAAACGCUAGGCUACUGUGGCUGACUUUGUCAAAAUGGAGCCUGAGUUAAAGGUUUUAGAGCUCUACAGUGGUAUUGGUGGCAUGCACUAUGCUUUGCUUGGGGCAAAUUUGAAGAACUGUGAAGUGGUAUGCUCUGUUGACAUAAGCCCAGCUGCAAGUCUGGUUUAUAAACAUAACUUUCCAGGAACUAAGCACUGGGAGAGAAGCAUUGAGGGAUUUAGUGCAAAAGAUUUUGAUAACAUGGGUUUUAAUACCUUGAUGAUGAGCCCUCCAUGUCAACCUUUUACAAGAGUGGGAUUACAGAAAGACAUAAACGAUCCUCGAACAAGAUCAUUCAUUUACCUAAUGAAGGUACUACCACAACUAAGUAAUCCACCAACGUAUAUUCUCAUGGAAAAUGUAAAAGGAUUCGAGAACUCAAAAGCUCAUGAUAUGUUUUUACAAGUUUUGGAGCAGCUGGAAUAUUCAACUGCUCAGUUUUUGCUUACUCCUAAGCAAUUUGGUGUGCCUAACUCAAGAUUAAGAUACUACCUGCUCGCUAAACGAAAACCCCUUCAGUUUCCAGAUGAAGUAAAUACGCCAAAUGAGGUGAUUGAAACAAUGCCACAAGCUUUGCAGAAAUGUUUAAAUAGCAACGCUGGGAAAGAACAAAACGAAAAACACACUAUUAAGACUUUGGAGAAUUAUCUUGAAGAAGCGGAGUCAACACUAAAAGAACAUGCCUUGACAGAAAAAACUCUAUUGCGUUACCUUCAAGUUAUGGACAUUGUCACCCCAAGGCAUCAAUCUUCUACUUGUUUUACAAAGUCCUAUGGGUACUAUGCAGAAGGAACUGGUUCUGUUUUAAACAUGGGUGGUGAAAUUAAAAUGUCUAAUCCUUUACACAAUAAUCUGCGUUACUUUACAGCUAGAGAGGUGGCAAACAUAAUGUGUUUUCCGAAAGAUAAAUUUCAUUUCCCAGAGAAUUUUACACGCAAGCAAAAGUACAAACUGUUGGGAAACAGUUUAAAUGUGUAUGUUGUAUCGUGCUUGUUAAAAUUGCUUAUAACAGACACCAAAAGAUAGUAUUAUACUGUAAAAUCAUUUGAUUGGUGUAAGUUUUUUCAAGAUCUGCUUUCUAGUGUUUUUCUAACUCCUACAAAAUAUUUUAAGCAUGCUAUAUUUGUAUUUAUUUAACUUGAAAACAUAGAUUGUGCAAUGUGUUUAAUCAUGACUGGUAUUUUGCCUACGUAAUUGUAGAAUUAGGGCUUUUUGUAAUAGAUUUCCAACACCU